AUGCAGACGAUGGCAUCCGGCCAACCGCGCACCCCCCAGGUUACCGAUGCGCCUCCACCGUUUGAUAAACCCACGGCAGACAUAAUUCUACGUUCGUCCGAUCGCGUCGAUUUCCGCGUGAAGAAAGCCAUCCUUGCCGAGACAUCUUCCUUCUUUGAGAGCAUGUUCACUCUACCUCAGCCAUCCCUCAGUGUGGGGGAGGUGACGCGCAUCGAGGCCGAUGGCUCAGAAGCUGAUUACAAGGAUGGUCUCGCGGUAGUCCAUAUUACCGAGGAUAGCAGGACAAUCGACUGCCUCUUGCGCAUUUGCUACCCCCUGCGGAAUCCAGUCAUAACCGAUUUAUCGGAAUUACGACGUCUUUUGACAUCAGCGACCAAAUAUGCUAUGGAUGAAGCUGUGGAAAUACUCAGGGAGCGACUCUAUAAUCUUGCUCAGGAGAUACCACUCCAAGUGUAUGCAGUCGCGAUCCAGCUCAACUUCGAGAAGGAAGCGAGAGAGGCGGCAAAGCAUUUUCUGGCAUGUCAGGCUCCUGUUAUGUACGCGCCGGAGCUCGAGGAAAUUUCGGGCGGCGCAUAUCAGCGACUCUUGGACUACCGCAGAAGAUGCGGCAAGAAAGCCAAGGGGCUCGUAUCCGAGGAAAUGAGAUGGUUGCCAGCCGAAGAUUGGCCGUGGUUUUCCUGCUGCAGCGGACAGUGUGCUGAAGCUGGGGUUGCUGUUACGUUCGGGGUAUACGUAUCGAAACGUCCGAAAAUGUGGUGGCAGCAUGUGCAUCGCAUGGCGUGCGUGUUGGAGGCCACUCCAUGUGGGAAGAUGUACGCAACUGAUUUAAUGGAUCAAGCCUUACAGGACGCCGCAGCCUGUCCUCGUUGUCGUGUCACUGCUCCUGCAAAACUGAGGAGAUUCAUGGAUUUACUUGCUGUAGAGGUGGAUCGAGUUGUUACCCAGAUGGAGCUAGAGAUCAAAUGA